GUUGUGUCCGACCUCCAUCUUGUCACUGGGCUUCGCGUCAUGGUGGUGGCCCUGAUUCGUCAAAAGGAGGAUUGAUUCAGGCAUCUCUGCAGCAUUGAUUGGCUCUUCACCUUGAUGCUAGCGGUGCAGAAGGAUGCUGUUUUCCACAGCACUAGAGAGCCUUGAGUACAAGAGAUUUUGUAGCCUGGAGUGCUGCAGCUAACGUUCUGGGGACACCCGAGCCUGUACUCAUUCACGAUUUUUGAGGUUAUUGCCUGGAGGAGUAGCUAGGAGGAGCCCAGGCAGUUCUUCAAUUGACGAGCAUCAAAAGGACAGUGAGAUUCAAAGAAACCACACAGAAAGGGCGGAUACAAGUGGUGAGAAGAGUGUUUCAAAGGGUUUGAAGUAAGAAGAGAGGAGGCUCGCAUCGAAGGAAAGGGCAAGAUGCACAUCUACAACGAAUGGCUGCCUCCGGCAAUCGCCGACCAAGCGGCCGAGGCAGAACCCCGCCGCUUCCACUCUCUGGUCCUGGCGCUCCUGGAGGUUCAGAAUCAGGGGGACGUCAAGAGCACUUUAAAGUUUGUGUCGCCCAUCGUCAGUUUCAUCAACUCCCUGACGGAGCUUGAGGCGGAGGAUGUAAAUGCAGUCGCUAAGGUGGCCCUGCAGCUACUGACGAGCUGCCCGGACAAUCUGUUCGCGCAGAUCCGGUGGGGCAGCGUCCUGUCCAAGAUACUCCGUGAGAAGCAUCUGCGCAAGCAGCUGCAGCUUACCAUCCCCUGGCGGCCGCUGUACGAGCUGCUCACAGACGUGCACCUCAGGAGGCGGCACACCUACGAGGGGCUGGCUCUGCACCAGGUCCACGAGCAGACGGUCCUCACUCUAGUUCAGCGGGCCAGAUGCUUUUUCCCCCCAGGGGCCGCUCAGGAGAUCUGGGCGGAGCUCAGCCCGGCCUUCAAGGACCUCGCUCACAACGACGCCCUCGAAGCGGCCGGCCUGAUUGCCCUCUUCUUGCCAACCAAAUCGCGCCAGGGGGGUGCCGAGUCCGCCGAAGCUUCCCCCCCGCCAUGGAAGGAAUGGGUGGCCGAGUGGGUCCGCCUGUGGGCGGCGGUCCCCAACUGCAAGUACUGGGACACGCAGUGGGGCGGCCUGGUGGCACGUGCCAUCAAGCACGUGGCCCCUGCUGACGUGGACUGGGAGCCGCACCUACCGUUCCUUUUCACCAAGUUCCUGAAUGCAAUCGAGGUCCCGGUUGGUAAGUCCCAGGCGCAGUCCCCGAUCGACCGCAGCGCCCCCCGCGAGAUGGCGCGCAUGUUCGCGGGGCAGAGCUUGUCCGAACACAUUGCCGCGUCCGUGGUGCUCCUGUACGGACGCUACCCCAGCGUCCGGCCGCGCUUCGAGGCGUUCGUCGACUAUUUGGAGCAGUACUACCACCCGUCCAACGGAGGCACGUGGACCAAUACGUUGGAGCGGCUGCUGCGGUACCUGGUCAUGAGCUUCCUCAAGCGGCUGGCCAGCGAAAAGAAGCACGCGAACGACCCUGCCGAAUCCAAGCCCCGCCCGCCCCCGCUGACGCCCGAGCUCCGGCAAGCCUUUGUGACGUCAAUGAUGCGGUUUGUGGACCGCGCGCAGUACAGCAAGAGCCCGCUCAUGGUGGGCCAGGCUGCCAGCGCAGCCAUGGGCCUUGCGUAUGCGGAGCCCACCGUCGUGCUGCCGCUCGCGAUUGCACGCUUCCAGCAGGCCGUCGAGACGGUCACGGCAACCCACCAGCUCGAGUCUGCGGUCACCACGCUCGCCCUCUGCACGCGGCCCAUCCUCCUCGCGUCCCCCCCCUUCGGCAGCCCUGGAGCUGACCCCAUGGAACUGGACGAGGUGCCCCUUGGGGCCGCCCACGUGGGCCAGCUGGCAGCCGGCCGAGCUGCCAUCGCCGACGCGCUGAUGCACACGCUCCCGGGGAUCGAUGCGAACGAUCCCCCGAAGACGCUCGCGACGCUGCAGCUGUACGCAUCGGUCCUGUCUAGCGUGGGAACCAUCGGCGACCCAGAAGAUGGCGGCAGCGGCGUGCUCCCGCUGGACUGGUCGGACUGGGUCGCCGAGUUCCUGCGGCGGCUGCUGGCCACGCUGCAGAACCUGGAGCCCAGCUCGGCGGCCACGUCAGCAUCCGGAACGUUCUUCAUGUCGGGGGGGUCCAUGUUCCGCCCCAUGCUGGAGCUGCUCUUUGGGCGCCUGACUCUGCCGCUCUACAAGCAGGCCCUUCGCAAAAUCACCGAAUUCGUGACCAGCACCGUCGUUCCUGGGGCCGAGGCUGAGGUGGGCUUCCUGUGCGGCGCGGCUAUGUAUGCGCGACCGGAGCUGGCCGCCCCCGCUCUAGUUCCCCCUCUGGUGGACAAAGUGCUGCGGCUGCUGGAGGGGACCGAGACCACAGGGGCGAGCGGGGCGGAGUCGGGCUGGGUCAAGGACCAGGGCAACAAGAAGGUCCCCGCCCUGUCGUCCGCUCUCGCGGGCAGCGUGGCAUAUCACCUGGACGUGCUGUGCACGCUGCUCAUGUUCGGGGGCCCUGGAUUGGUCGCCUUCAAGGACAGCCUCGUCAAGCUGCUGGCGGCCGCGUUCGACGCACCCGCCACAAAGGUGGUGGAGGCCGCCAACCGCGUCCUCCAGAGCCUCCUGAGCAGCCUCGUCCUCUACUACUCCCUGGACGAGUACCGUUCCGUCCCGGGCCUCCCGGAUUCCGGCGGAAUCGACCGUUGGCUUGGCACCAAGGGCGCCACUCGGGCCUCGCCAGGGAUGAAGCCUACUUGGCACGUGCCUAACGACGACGAGGUCGCGUUUGCAAACGAGCUGCUGACGUUGCACCUGACGGGGGCGCUGCGGGACCUGCGGGCUGUGGUUGCUAACGGGGCUGCCGGCGUAGAGAAGGACAACCUGCGGGUGAUCCUGCUGCGCCUCGACGGCGUCGUGCGCGGCGCCCGCGCCUGCAUCCCCGACUUCCGGUCCGGGGAAGAGCAGUCCGGAGCGGAGCCCCUCACUGUGGUCGGGUCUGCGGGGGCCUCGAUCGGGAGCCCAACGAUGCGGGAUGAGGCUGCGGCAGUCUUGCACGAUGCGUGCAAGUACAUGACCGAGGCGCGCUCCGACGACACGGUGAACAUGCAGCAGCUGCUGCGCGUGAUGGACUGCUUCGCCAACUUCGGCUCCAUCGAGUACUCCACGUGGGCGCACGGCCGCCUCUCCUGGGCCUCCGACGCCAACGCGCUCACCGAGCCCAAGUUCUCGGUGCUGCCCGGUGGGGACGAUGCGCAGUCCAGGAGGAGGCCUCACUGGCUGCUGGUCGAGAAGUCGUUCCUCCACCUGACGUGGCGCGCCUCCCAGGCGCACUACCGCCCCUUCUUCCCGGACCGCCUCGCGGCGCCGCCGCCGUCAGUUGUCACGCUGACGCAAGACCUGCUGCAGAUGUGCCUCUCCCGCUACAACGCCGUCAGAACGUCUGCGCGUGGCCCCCUGGAGCGUAUCCUCAAGCGGUACCCCACGCUGGUCGAGACUUGCAUGCCCACGCUCUCUGGCGCAAUGGGCGGCCCCGACAGCAACGAAGAAACCGCGAUGGGCGCGUGCGCCCUCUACUCGACACGUGUCCUCAUGCGGCGCGUCACCCAGGACUGGCCCGCCAUGGCGUCGUUCCUCACCGCCAUGCUCGCGAGCGAGAAGCAGGAGUCAGUGCGCGCGCAGGCCGCGAUCAACGAGGUGUUCGUGGUCUUCGCGCUGCGCUUUAGCCGGCCGAGCGUCAGCGGGGGCAAGGGGCCCAAGUACAGCGACGUUCUCGAGAAGAUUCAUUCGCUUCUCGCGGAAGAUAAGCCGUCGGCGCUGCACUGGCGAUAUACGAUCAUGGCGAACGCGUUCCUGCUGCUGCUGACGAGCCACGGCGCAGCGGCCCCGCUCCCGGGGGGCGGGAACGCCAGCGCGAAGAGCCCCCUAGAGCACUUCCUGCGGAACCUGAGCAGCGAGCUGCCCCCCCUACGGCCGUUGUCAGUGGUCGCGCUGCUGAUGCUGCUGCAAGGGGGGGACGAACCCGCGCUACAGCUGAACCCGAAAGCCCUGAAGCUGACGUCACUCAAGGACGCGGGGUCGGAGAUGGACGUCGACGAGGCCGAGGGCGGUGACGUCAGCGGGGGGAGCCAAGCUGCGGAGAAGCAGCCGGCCACUGUCUCUGGGGGGCAGGUGGUCGCUGCUGACGUCAGCAGCGCGCAGCCCGCCGGGGGGUACGGUGUGCUGGCGGACAUGGUGGCGUCAAAGGGCUUUGCGGAGAAGGCGCUGCGCAACCUGGCGCUGGACCACAACCUCUCCGAGGGGGGCUCCAACUCAGCAGGGGGCCUCGGGGCGGCCGCCGCGAGAAUGUUCCAGCAAGGGGGCGCGUCGCUGAUCAAGGCCAUGGGCGCGGUCGCGGCCGCAAAAGAAUGGCCGCACACGAAGACGAAGGACGCCGCGAACCGGGCCGUGGCGGCGCAGGCGUUCAACCCGACGUACGCGCAGCUGUUCGAGCGCCUGGCGGGGGUGUGCAGCGCUGAGGCGAUCGCAGCCUUGCAGACCCCCCUGGAGGAGGCGGUGGGCGCGGUGCACGACCGGCCGAGCCAGUGCAUCGCGGCGGAGGCGAUGGCGGGGCUGUUGCACGGGGGGGGGCACGCGGUGCGGGGGGCGUGGGACACGUGGAUGAAGGGGCUGCUGCAGCAGGCGCUGGCGGGGGCGCUGCCCGAGUCGCAGGGGGAGUGGGCGGCGUGCCUGCGCUACGUCGCUACCGGCGACGGUCCCUGCGGACAUCAAUCUCCUUCUCUGCGGUCGGAGGUCUUGGCGUGCGCCGCGGAGCCCGUCUCCUCGACCGCUGCCUCCGGCCAGGUGGCAAAGCGGCUGAUCUUGCUGGGGUCCGUUCUGGCGGAGCUGACGCAAGCGGGGGAGGACGACCCGGCGCUGCAGUUCAAGGCGGCGCUGCUGGAGGAACUGGAGGGGAGCAUGGCCAACCCGGCGCGGCAGGUCCGAGAAAACGUGGGGCGGCUGCUGGCCAUGCUGUUCGCGAACCUGGCUCAGUCGCCUGCUUCCGGCUCGCCCGCUGGUGCCACGUGGCCGACUCUACAGGCACGAGCGGCCGCGCUGCGGCAAAGCCUGGUGGAGCAGGCGCCGGCCGCGGUUGCCAAGGUGCAAGAGAUAAGCGGGGGAAGCGAGAGCGGCGAGCACGACGAGGCGGUCCGCUGGAUGGAGACGGUCCUCUUCUUCGUGAUCAGCGCCGUCAAGUCCGGCGACGCCGCGGGCCUGGCGCCCACUAUCGUACCCCUCCUACACCCCAUCAUGGCGGUCCAGGAAGUCUCCGACCAGGACUUCGCGCUCCUGGCCAAGCAGGCCCUGGCCUAUCUCAAGUACCUCCCUCUGCCCGGUUCGUCCCUACCGGGCACCGCCCGGGAGAUUGUGGCCGCCUGCGGCGCUGCCAACUGGCACACCCGCGCAGCGGCGCUGGUGUUCCUGCAGGCGUUUGCGUACCGGCACUCGUUCCUGCUGGAGGCGGAGGAUUCACACCGGCUGCGCGAGGCCGUGCUGCAGCUGCUGGCGGACUCGCAGCUGGAGGUGCGAGAGCUGGCAGCGGCCACUUUGACCGGCCUGCUGAAGGGCGACGACGGGUCCUUUGCUGCUUCCGUCCGGGAGCGGUGCACCGCGGCCGCCAAGGAGGCGCACGCCUACUCCAAGAACUCAAAAAAGAAGAAGGCCGCGGGUGGCGGCGCAACGUCCCCCUUCGAGUCCGUUCCCGCGCGGCACGGUCCCAUCCUCGGUCUGUCAGCAUGCGUGCUGUCAAGCCCGUACGAUGUGCCGAAGUGGCUCCCGAAAGUGCUCAUGACGCUGGCCGAGUCGGUGCACGAGCCGUCCCCGAUCAACACGACGGUGACGAAGACGUUUGGGGACUUUAAGAGGACGCAUGCGGACACAUGGACGCUGCACCGCACGGAGUUCAGCGAGGAAGAGUUGGACGUCUUGGCGGAUCUGACCUCGUCGGCAUCGUACUUUGUCUAGGUGUCGGGCCCGUUUGGUGGACGUAGGGGUCUGGAGACCAAGCUACAGACGCUAAUGUUUGCUCGCUUAACCGCCGCGUUUCUUGAGAUCGUCGAGCAAACAUGAUGAUUGCAAUACAUGGCUUCCAUGAAUUCGUCUACGUGCAUGCGCU